ACCUCAGACCUCUUUUCAACCCACCCGAACUCAUCUCGUGCGUCCCGCUUGUCAGUGAUGCGCAUUCUCUAAGCCUGGGCACUGGUUUCGGGUUUUCUUUCCUCUCUGAUUAUUAUUGUUAUUCUUUUUUUCUUUCUCCUUGGUCGUGGGAUUGUCGAUCGCAUCGAGCCAUAAUGAAUCAGACUCCUCAAAUCCAAAGCACGGUCGCCGUGCAAUCGUCCUCCAUCCCUUCGUCCUUGCAGCCCGACUUCUCUCCUCCCGCCACGACCCCCCCAAAUGACAGCGCUCCUCCGAGACACCGUUCCAAGCCUAAAAACAUUUUAGAGCUCCCGAAGCCGAAAGCCUUGACCCGAGUCAAGGGUAAGAUCGCAAUGCAGACGCCGUCACGAGCCAGCACAGAAAUGUCAUGGAUGAAUGACCCGUCCCCCAUGUCGGGCAACCCCCGCACGCCCACGGCGAGAUCCCGGUCGAGGACCCCCGAGCCCCCGAUGACCGCUCUCGUGAACCCGUCUUCAGCCCUACUCCAGGAUCUCCUAAACGAACAACGUGCCUCUAGAGGCGCACGAGGCUCGUCCACAGAGGAUCUGGAAGGCAGCGUGCUCCGCACCCCAAGCGCGGCCCGUACUCGUUCCCGAUCGGUCUCUAAAUCGCAGCCCCAAUCUCAAUCUCAGCCCCAGUCCCAGUCCCAAUCCCAGUCCCAAUCACAUUCCCAGUCCCAGGAAGAGUCCGGGUCCGAACGCCAGCGGAAAAUGAACAACGCCCUGUCGGCAGGUCUGAAACAACCUCGAGAAAUGGGUAUGAGGGAAAUGGACCACUACGUCUCGAAAAUCAAUAAACAAAACUUUGACCUCAAGCUCGAGAUCUUCCACCGAGUCCAACAGAUGGCGGUCAUGGAGCAGAAGCUGGAACGGAUGGCGGAACUGCAGGAAGAGCUUCGGCGGAUGGAGCGGUUGGAGGAUGAGCUGUCCGAGCUGCGUGAUGCCGAGGAGGACAACCACCGCUUGCGAGAGUCCAAUGAGCAGCUGCGACAUGAGAUCGACAAGCGCGACCAGGCCGUAACGGAGGCAGUCGAUCUCAUCUGUCAACUCGAAGCUAAGGUCGAUCGUCUGGAAACGGGCGGUCCAAUGGCGAGGCCGGCUGCGGCUUAUCCGAGCGAAGACCCCGGUGCGGUCACGCCGAAGGGGAGGAUCGCGGUGGAAAUUCCCCAGAGGUCGUCGUCGAGGAAAGGGACGAGAACGCCCGACCGCCACCGGCGCGUCUCACCCGGAACCCGUCACCUCAAGUCGGCGCCGUCAUUCCUCCGCGAUGAGACCACGCGGACGGCGGCCCUGCGAAGUCUGUACGCACCUGAGGAGGAAGUACAUCCGGGCAUGAGUGCGCUCACUCAGACCGAGAGCUGCAAUUCUAUGAACGAGAUGGCCGAGGUUGAAUCGCCGCGCCUCAGCGCCUUGAGCGAAUGUAGCGAACUGAACCCUGACACCAGUUUCGUUGGAUCCCACGGAUUUGAUGAACUGGAAAUUCCCGUCCGGCCGAAGGUAGCACCCAUCGCGGAUGCGACACCCAACGCAGGCCAUCGUGAGGCGGCGCCGCUCCCCAUCGGCUGUUUGCUUCGACCAUACCAGCAUGACAUGCUGGCCUCGACGGUCCAGGAGAAUUCGAACCCCGUUCUCAAGAUGGACCAGCUGAGUUUCGAUAGCGGUUCGUUGAACAGCUCCAGCCAGCGAACGCCGCUGGACAGCGUCUUUGGCAGCGCCAGGCUCCCCCCAACACCGGACACGAUGAGCACGGCGUACGCAGGUGGCCCCAACGGUUCCGCUGGCUCGCAAGGAAGCCAUCCUGGCGAGAAGGGCUAUGUGGACCCGCUUCUCCCUGUCAAGCGCCGCCUUGGUCGUCCUCGUUCGGCCGGUGAGCUCACUUCGCUGCGGAGUCUCUCCGAGAGCAUGGACCUGAACAUGAGUGACUGCACCCUGCCCCGAGCCAGCCUCGAUGACGACGAUGAACCGCCCACGAUCUACCCGCUGAACAGCAUCACCGCCCGGGGCGACGGUCUUCUGAGCCAGGAGACGCUCAACCAGCGGACUUACGACUACCACGGCGAGGAUGUAUUGUUCAACGAGGAGGGCUUGGAGAAGGUGCUGUCGAAUAUGGACCAGAACAACUAUGCCCCAACCCAGCGCCGGGCCACCCGAGAGCCCGCGUACUCGCCAUCAUCGUCGCCCCCGUUGACUCCCCAGGACUGGAUCGAGGCCGCCAAGUCUGACACCCGGACGAGAACCGGGUCCCCGCGCGGGCCCCGCCAGGGGCCCCUGCCCGCCGAGACUCGCCUGGUCGGCGCGCGGGCACCCAGCCAGACCUCCUUCCUCGGGCGUCGGCACAGCAUCGAUACCGGCGUGCGAGACGCAGAGAUCCCCGGCAUCCCUACGCUCGACUUGUCCUCGCUAGAGCUCGACCCGACCCCUCCCCUUGAUCCCUCCGCACAGCCAGAGCGAGAAGGUGGCCGGGAACAGGCGCGUCGACACCGACUCAGCCUCCGCAAUCCAUUCUUCGCCCGUUCGAUCACCUCCCGCUGGCUCCACGCGGCACCCGUCACCGACACCGACCCAGACGACGGCGCACCAGCCCCCAUAGUUCGAAAAAGCCGACAAACACAAAGUCCCACGAGGCCACCCAAAGCAGCAACGACGCCCCUCAACGAGGAAGACUUCCUAUCCGGACCCGGUCCAAAGGACCUCGUCUCCACCCCAACCGACUUCAGCGCAUCGCUACCCACCUACGCCGACGACGGGACAGCACCACGCCCGCUGGCCCAAUCCUUCACAGAAUCCCACUCCGCAACCGCCCGCGCCUCCCUAGGAAGCAAAGACCACCACCGGCGCCGCGGCUCCCUGGGCAUCUUCGGCUGGAUGAAAGGAGCCAGUGGGCUGGGCUCGAAGAAGUCCGACUCAGACACCUCAGCGACGCUGUCCUCAUCGUUGAGCUCCGUGCCCAAGGACAGAGCAUCCUCCCGUCUGGCGCCGGAGCGAGCCCCCGCGGAGCCUCCCAAGCCUGCCGCUGCUGAUAUGGCGUCCAUGAACGUCUCCGUGACGGACUUUGCGCCGCCGGUGCGUCCUGCGGGGCGGACGGACGAGGAUGAUGGUGGUUGGAGACCGCGCUAUAUGGACAGACGACCUCGUCGGGGGUGAUUCAUUCCUUGACUUUUUUUUUCUUUUCGUUUUCUAACUUGCAUUCUGUGUACAUCUUGCAUGGCUCUUUCCUUCCUUUCUGGUUCUUCCUUUUUCUCAUUUCGUUUAUUCUCUCUCUCAUUCUUCCCUUCCAAUCUACGAUUACACCGGCUCGAAGAGGUCAGUCCUCAUCACGACACGAACGAUACCCACGCAUUGGACUCCUUCCCU